UUUCAUAAAUUGGAAAAUUGUUUUAGCUGAAGCACGUUUCUGUUUUACUAGGUUUCCUUAGCGUGAAUUUAAAUUGUUUAAUCAAUUAGUUAAUUUUCUAAUCUUUGACAAUAUUUAAUUUUUAGAACGUUGUUUAGUCCACUUUCGACUUGAAUCAAUAUGUCAACCACUGGUAUGUUAACUGUCCAAGGACAAAGGAUAACAGGUAACUCUGUUAGAACCCAAAAUGUUAUGGCAUGUUCUGCCAUUAGUAAUGUCAUAAAAUCUAGUUUUGGUCCUAUCGGUCUGGAUAAAAUGUUGGUCGAUGAUAUCGGAGAUGUCACUGUAACCAAUGAUGGAGCAACAAUUCUUAAGCUUUUAGAAGUCGAACACCCAGCUGCUAAGGUUCUAGUAGAUUUAGCAGACUUGCAGGAUCAAGAAGUCGGUGAUGGAACUACUACUGUUGUUCUAAUGGCAGCUGAACUCUUGAAAAAUGCUGAUGAACUGGUAUCAUGUAAAAUCCAUCCAACUUCGAUCAUAAGUGGUUACCGGCUAGCAUGUAAGGAAGCAUGCAAAUUCAUCCAAGACGUUAUGAGCAUUGAUAGUGAUACUCUUGGACAAGAAUGUGUUGUUAAUGCCGUUAAAACUUCUCUUUCUUCUAAAUUAAUUGGCCAAGACUCUGAUUUUUUCGCCGCUCUCGUUGUGGAUGCUGCAAAUACGGUUAAAUUCACCAAAACUGAUGACGCGAAAUCUGUAAUCUAUCCAAUUAAGAACAUUAGGAUACUCAAAGCUCAGGGAAAGAGUACCAGGGAUAGCGUGAACGUUCAUGGUUACGCCCUCAAUUGUUCCCUGGCUAAUCAAGCUAUGCCUAAGAUCAUUAAAACUGCUAAAAUAGCAUGUUUGGACUUUUCUCUCCAAAAGGUGAAGAUGAAGCUUGGAGUACAAGUUUUGAUUAACGAACCAGCUGAAUUAGAAGCUAUAAGAAAAAGAGAAUGUGAUAUUGCCAAAGAACGCAUGCAAAAAAUUAUUGCCGCUGGUGCUAAUGUUAUUCUUACAACUGGUGGAAUUGAUGAGAUGUGUGCUAAGUAUCUUGUCGAAGCUGGUGCAAUGGGAGUAAGACGCGUCAGAAAAGUUGAUCUGAAAAAAAUUGCAAAAGCAUCAGGAGCUACCAUGAUCUCUACCAUGGCGAAUAUGGAUGGCGAUGAAGCUUUCGAAACUUCGAAUUUAGGUGAAGCUGAAGAGGUUGUAGUUGAACGAAUUUCUGACGAUGAAGUAAUUCUUAUAAAAGGAAUGAAAAAUCAUAAUGCAAGCUCCAUCAUUUUACGGGGACCAAAUGAAUAUUUCUUGGAUGAAGUUGAAAGAUCCUUAACUGAUGCAUUAAAUGUUGUUAAAAGAGUUAUGGAAUCCAAAAGAGUUGUACCCGGUGGAGGGGCUGUCGAAGCGGCUCUCUCAAUUUACUUAGAAAGCUUUGCUACUUCAAUUAGCUCUAGGGAACAAUUAGCUAUCGCUGAGUUCGCACGAGCAAUGCUCGUUAUUCCAAAAACUUUGGCUGUUAAUGCUGCUAAAGAUGCUACUGAUUUGAUUGCUAAGCUUCGAGCUUACCACAACUCUUACCAAAGUAAACCAGAGAACAGUACCUAUAAAUGGUAUGGCCUUGAUCUUACUGAAGGAACCGUUCGAGAUAGUGUAGCUGCCGGUGUUUUAGAACCAGCAAUCUCUAAAAUAAAGUCACUUAAAUUUGCUACGGAGGCUGCAAUUACUAUUCUGCGUAUUGAUGAUUUGAUCAAACUCGAUAAAGAAAAGACAGACAAAGAUUAUGGUGGGUGCUAUGGUGAUGAAUAAUCUUGCAUGAUAAAACGGCUUAAACUAAGGAAAACUGAAAAAUGCCUAAAUCUUCAGCUUAUUAACAAUUUCCUUUUAUCAAAAGGUAAAAUCGAGAUGAUAACCUGAUGAAACAUGAGUACUUCUUAUGUUUCCAAACGAAUAACUUAACAAAUAUCUCAUUGUAUUUCAGUCAAACUUUUUACUAAAAUUAACUGAUUAAAUUUUUCAAUUAAUGAUACAUAAA